CUCUGGCAUCCAUGGUAUUAGUUCCACUGGUGACAACUGCCCUCCGUCAUCUAAUUGUGCAAUAUUAAACAUUUCCCGGAAUUGUGAUCUUCAUGUAGGCCAUAUAUUCUCAAACAGUUUCAGUCGAAGAACGCUUCGUUCUUCUCCCCCGAUUCACACUGGCAACCCAUAAAGCCUCAACCUCAUCUUUAGCCACCAUCCAAAUCGUUCCCUUUACCGUAACAAUGCAUUACCGUUGGUUCGCACAGAGCGAAGUCGCGUCCGGCUCCUCCGUUCAGCUCAGUGAGACUUGGACCGUCUUGGAGGCAUGCCAUGAGCAUGUUUUCCAGUACUAUGCGGGAGAAGGGAGCCCAGCGAACCCCCCGUCGUCCUAUGCCACCAUUCGCCUUGUCUGUGAGAAGCUCGGCAGUCAUGUCAAGGCUCACGUAAGAAUCUACAAGCAAAUUCCUGCUGGGGGCACCGAGGCCGAAUCACCUGCCGUCCGCGGCCAGCAAGCGCAGACAUGGGACGACCCACCAGAGCUCGUCGCCCUGCGCGCUCUUACGCGCGAGAAAUCCCAGAUCACUCCGCGCCUCCUGGACUCCAAGAUCACGAGCCAGGGAGAGUCGGGUCUUGUUCCCGGUGGUUUUCUGGACUAUGUCGUAUGGGAGGUGGUGCCUGGACGGCGCCUGGCAAGCCGUAUCACGGUCGAAGAAAACACCUUUUGGAACAUGGAGCUCGACAAACGGGAGCUGAUUCGGCAACACUUCCGGAAGAACUACUUGCAGCUGUGUAAAUGGGGGUACAUGCCGCUCCAUGGCCGAGCAUCCCGCCUUGUCUGGGACGCCGAGUCCGGGACGCUGUAA